CGAGCGCCUGCCCAGUUCAAAUGCCACCGCGCCCGGAGGGAGGCCUGCAGUUUAGGGAUCCCUGAGGGAGAGCGACGUCACACCUCCUGAGGACAGCCAGGAGGACUCUGGCUUUUGCUGAGCAUUGCAUCUUGCCUCCUUCCUUUCAAAGGCUCCAGACCCAAUCUCGGCUGUCCUCGAGUCCUGCGUGCCCUUGACCAGGCAUCCCACUGCCCCUCCAGCCCAGCCCAGCCCUGGAGCUCACCUCCAGGACCUGGAGCUUACCCUCCUGCCCAGAAUGACUCACCAUUAUUUCUAGCUCAAGUGAGAAGACGUGAUGGGGAAUCAGGCUGCCUGUUUGUGUAUCUAGGAUUCCUGCAGCAUCGGAUCAGUUCUGCAAGGAAGAGAGCUGCAGAUUCCUGCCUUGCCAGCCAAGCGGGGCUAUCUCUCUGGCUCUCAGAGAGACCUGGGGGCUCCCCUGCAGGAGCGCAGGCCAAUGUUGCUGUGUUUCCUGGGGCCGUAAGCAGCACCCUGAGCUCCCUGCCGCCAGGCAGCUAGAAGGCGUAGCGAGAGGCGCUUCUCUUGGUUCCAAUUAUGACAGUAGCCACCGGAGACCCAGUGGAUGAGGCCGCUGCCCUCCCUGGGCACCCGCAGGACACCUAUGACCCAGAAGCAGACCACGAAUGCUGUGAGAGGGUGGUGAUCAACAUCUCAGGGCUGCGGUUUGAGACCCAGCUAAAGACCUUAGCCCAGUUUCCAGAGACCCUCUUAGGGGACCCAAAGAAGCGGAUGAGAUACUUUGACCCUCUCCGGAAUGAGUACUUUUUCGAUCGGAACCGCCCAAGCUUUGAUGCCAUUUUGUACUACUACCAGUCUGGGGGCCGGUUGAGACGACCCGUGAAUGUGCCCUUAGAUAUAUUCUCUGAAGAAAUUCGGUUUUAUGAGCUGGGAGAAGAAGCAAUGGAGAUGUUUCGGGAAGAUGAAGGCUACAUCAAAGAGGAAGAGCGUCCUCUACCCGAAAAUGAAUUUCAGAGACAGGUGUGGCUUCUCUUUGAAUACCCAGAGAGCUCAGGGCCUGCCAGGAUUAUAGCUAUUGUAUCUGUCAUGGUGAUCUUGAUCUCCAUCGUCAGCUUCUGCCUGGAGACGUUGCCCAUAUUCCGGGAUGAGAAUGAAGACAUGCAUGGCAGUGGAGUGACCUUCCAUACCUAUUCCAAUAGCACCAUCGGGUACCAGCAGUCCACUUCCUUCACCGACCCUUUCUUCAUUGUAGAGACCCUCUGCAUCAUCUGGUUCUCCUUUGAGUUCUUGGUGAGGUUCUUUGCCUGUCCCAGCAAAGCCGGCUUCUUCACCAACAUCAUGAACAUCAUUGAUAUUGUAGCCAUCAUCCCCUACUUCAUCACCCUGGGAACAGAGCUGGCUGAGAAGCCAGAAGAUGCUCAGCAGGGCCAGCAGGCCAUGUCACUGGCCAUCCUUCGAGUCAUCCGGUUGGUAAGAGUCUUUAGGAUUUUCAAGUUGUCCAGACACUCCAAAGGUCUUCAGAUUCUAGGUCAGACCCUCAAAGCCAGCAUGAGAGAAUUGGGCCUCCUGAUAUUCUUCCUCUUCAUCGGGGUCAUCCUUUUCUCUAGUGCUGUCUAUUUCGCAGAGGCCGAUGAGCGAGAGUCCCAAUUCCCGAGCAUCCCGGAUGCCUUCUGGUGGGCAGUCGUCUCCAUGACAACUGUAGGCUAUGGAGACAUGGUUCCAACUACUAUUGGGGGAAAGAUCGUGGGUUCUCUAUGUGCAAUUGCAGGUGUGUUAACCAUUGCCUUACCUGUCCCCGUCAUAGUGUCCAAUUUCAACUACUUCUACCACCGGGAGACAGAGGGAGAGGAACAGGCCCAGUACUUGCAAGUGACGAGCUGUCCAAAGAUCCCAUCCUCCCCUGACCUAAAGAAAAGUAGAAGUGCCUCUACCAUUAGUAAGUCUGACUACAUGGAGAUCCAGGAGGGGGUAAACAACAGUAACGAGGACUUUAGAGAGGAAAACUUGAAAACAGCCAACUGCACUUUGGCUAAUACAAACUAUGUGAAUAUUACCAAAAUGUUAACUGAUGUCUGAUUGAACCCUAUUAACAUACUCACAGCUCAAUGGAACUAAUGCAGAUAUUGCAUAAUAGCCUGCAUUGCAGUCAGUGUGUUCUACAGUGUGUAUCUGGUUCUGCAUGGAAAGCAAUAGUCGUGCAAGUGACUUUUGAUCUUUUGAUUUUUGAUUUAGAACACAGAAUAUGUAUCCAUGGCUUUCAUGCAAAUCUUCAUCACCGGCUUAGGGGUUUCCAAAGAUGGGAGUCACCUAUGGAAGCCAGGAUUUCAGAAGGACACAUUGAGGCCACCUCAUAGCAAAUACAGAACCCACCACAUCAGUGUCACCUUUUCUUCCUAAUGAAAUGCACACGGCAUCUCGGAGAUGCAAUUCCCCCCACCACCCCACUUGAGCCUACCUCCCCCUUCACAGAGGAAAACCACGGUAGCUUAGCUUUAAAGUUCUGCUAAUUAUUCGAAAGGUCUUUCCCAUUUUUGCAUUGAAAAGAACACACAGUGCUGUGUGUUGGAAUUACUUUCUGUGUCACAGGCUGGGGGUUUGUGAAUUGCAGUUGCCAAGCAGACGCUCCGGAGGCUUGUGUUUCAUAACGGAAAAUACUGCAUUCGGUUUUUUCUCUGCAGUGUCGAUGUGAGGGAAGCCCAGGGGAGGGACAGUUAGGAUGACCGAAUGUGAGUUGUCAAGUUUCACAUUUGCUCCCUUAGCCCUACGGGGAGAAGCUAACAAACCAAGGGACCUCUCAGCUUCAGAUUUCACCAUUUUUGCAGGCUUCAGGGUCACAACAACAUGUCUGAUUUCUUGGUUACACUGGAGGUUGCAGGCAUCUGCUUUCCUAGUGCUGGGGCCCAGCUACACUGACACUGCAGUGAAAUUUACCAGUGAUGCGACAGAGCUGCAUGGGUGUUUGUUGCAUGAAUCUCAAUAUUUAAAACACAGGAGAUAACCUAUUUUCUUAGUAGCCUACACAGUAUUCAUAUUUAGAGUAUUAAUAGCCUAGGAAUGGCAUUGAACGAGGGUUGUUUUUUUUUUUUCCCAUCAGAAGA